CAGGCGCCGUCACCCACCAGUGAGAAGCCUGAGUAUUGCUAUUAUUUACCAUCAGUGAUCCGAGCCUCGAGAUAGCAUUUUUCGCCGUUUUCAAGGAUCCCAAGAGCCUGGGCAGCCCGAGGAUGUGCCGAAGCUGAUCCCAAGAGCCGCACCAUGGUCGUCGGAGCGCCCGACAAGCCACUGCACUCCAGAUAGUGUACUUGUCUUUGUUCGCUGCGAAUGAGAGUGCCCUGUAGCCCUGCAGCAGAAAGGCAACACGGCUCUAACGGGAACGGGGUUUUGAUCCCUGCUGGCGCCUGGCGCAGCCCGAAACCCCUGGAUGGUUUCACUGCAUGAGGAAAACACUGCUUAGCAUGAUCCAGUCCAACAGGAACAAGCUGGAGGUUUUGAAACAACCGUGGUGGAUCCCUCCAAUCCUUCGCAAGAAACCUCAACAUAGUUUUUCUGUUUGCACAGGCUCCAUGAAACAAAGCUACGUGCAGUUGAGGCGGGUGUUCAUGGAGGAAGAAGCUUUAAUCAACAAGAAACUCCCCAAGGAGUUGUUACUUAGGAUAUUUUCCUGUUUGGAUGUGGUGUCACUGUGCAGAUGUGCACAAGUGUCAAAGGCAUGGAAUGUUUUAGCCUUGGAUGGAAGCAACUGGCAGCGCAUUGACUUGUUUGAUUUCCAAAGAGAUGUUGAGGGUCCUGUUAUAGAAAACAUUUCUCGAAGAUGCGGGGGCUUCUUGCGAAAGCUCAGCUUAAAAGGCUGUCAAUCAAUUGCUGAUGGGUCAAUGAAGUUAUUUGCACAACUAUGUCACAAUGUAGAAGAUUUAAAUCUCAAUUUAUGUAAAAACAUAGGUGACAGCACUUGUCAAGCUCUGAGCAAACAUUGCCCUAAGCUACAGCGUAUAGAUUUGGGGUCAUGUUGUGAGAUAACUGACAACUCUUUGAAGGCAUUGUCAGAUGGCUGCCCAGCUCUUACACAUUUAAACAUAGCAUGGUGUGAUAGCAUAACACAUUUUGGUGUUGAAGCAUUGGCUCAUGGGUGCCCCAAAUUACGUUCUUUUAUGUGUAGUGGGUGUGUCCAAUUGAAUGAUGCUGCUAUUCGUGUUUUAGCAGAACACUGUCCAAAUCUUGAGGUUGUCAACUUAUUUGGCUGUAAUUUGGUCACAGAUGAAGCAGUCCAUAAGCUAGCUGAAAACUGUCAUGGUUUACAUUAUCUUUGCCUCUCAGGAUGCACCCUGCUGACUGAUGCAUCUCUCAUUAUUUUGGCUCAGCAGUGUCACUUGCUUAGCACACUGGAGGUGGCAGGGUGCUCACAAUUUACUGACACAGGAUUUCAGGCCUUAGCCAGAAGCUGCCGCCUUCUUGAAAAGAUGGAUCUUGAAGAAUGUAUUUUAAUAACAGAUACUACCCUUAUGCAUUUGGGAAUGGGUUGCCCUAGACUUGAAAAGCUUAGUUUGUCACAUUGUGAGCUCAUUACAGACGAAGGCAUUCGACAUUUGGGGAUGUCACCUUGUGCUGCAGAAAACUUAACAGUCCUUGAAUUGGACAACUGCCCUCUAAUAACUGAUGCCUCAUUGGACAAUUUAGUUUCUUGUCACAAUCUUCAGCGCAUUGAGUUAUAUGACUGUCAGCUUAUCACUCACACAGGAAUUCGAAGAUUAAGGAGCAACCUGCCGAAUAUAUUGGUUCAUGCAUAUUUUGCCCCAGCAACACCCCCUCCUGCUGUUGGAGGCACUCGCCAGCGCUACUGCCGUUGUUGUGUUAUAUUAUGAGGAAAUUAUACUGUCUGACAAAAAAUAGACUUGAGUUUGGUGCCUUUUCAGGUCGUAUGAGGCUGAAGCUUUUUGUGAGGAAGUGCGAGUGGAAGAAUCUUUACAUCGAGUAAAAACAAACAUACUUUAUGAUAUUUAGUCAUUUACAUUCUUAGUCAUUAUCAAAACCAUAUUAGGACUAAGGAGGUAGAUAUGCUGUAGUAGCUUCCUUGUUGUCUUGCCCUUUUAAAAAAAAUCACUAUUUUAGUGCAGUACCAGUACUCUCCAAUUAAGUUUUAAAUUUAAAAGAUAAUUAUUUCAUUCUUAUGAGUUUAUGACCAAUUUUUAUAAUAACCAUACAUACAUUCAGUCUUUCAGACUCCUAUCUUCAAACUCCAAUCUUACAAUUAUAUCCAUUAUAUGUAUGUCAGUAAUCUUUUUAUUUGAGGCCUUAUAAUUUUUGUUUUUGUUGCCAACUGACCAGAUAAAGCUUUUUACUUCAUUGUCCCAUUGUGUGCCUGUGUACUAACUGUUAGUCUUCUGGUCAUACUUUUAAAGUUGCUCGUGUUCCAUCUCUCUUUCUUUCUUUUUUCAAAUUUUGCUUUUGUUUGUUUUCCUUAGCCCUGGGUUCAUCCAUUUAAUUACAAAACUCAAAUGGGCAUUGCUUGAAAGGGCUUUUACCACAUCAAUGAACCCCCCCACCCCUUUCCUUUCUUUUUAAAAAAAGAACAAGUGUCCAAGUGACCAGACGACUUGAGUACCAUCGUUGUUUUAUGCACCUGUUGCAUAGUGCCUUCAUGCUUUUGUUGUUAGCGUUUCUUUGGCUGUGGUUUCUUACUCAAACUUGCAGAUCCUUUUACAUUUACCAGCCUGAAAUUUAUAAUUUUGUCUAAAGUUCAUGUCUAGUUGGUGCGUGAAGAAUUGAUUAUGUUGUGUGAGUUUCAUAGUUUAUAAUAUUUUGCUUUUGAUUUAGAAACGCAUUGUGAUUUAUGUGCAAUAUGUUGCUUGAGCAUCCAGUAUCUUUUGUUUUGUUUUUGUGUUCAAUUAUGUAGUUACUGCACCGUUUAUUUUUGUUACAAUUUGUUAUCUCAUAGCAGAUCGGUGUAAUAUUAUCACCCGCAAUGAAAUCCCUAAUUUCAAAUGCAUUUGCUUGUCCCCUGACAGCAGUCAGACAUAGACUGUCGCCAUAUGAGCAUUGGGAGGCUCCUAAAUUUCUUUGUCAGAAAGUACUCUUUACUGCGAUAAAUUAUUGUUAUUAUAAUAUUACUAUCAUAUUAUUAUCAAACGUCUUGUAUAAAAAGCUGUGAUUGUUAUGUCAGAUAAAGCUUGUAGUGUGUUAAAGUAAAAAUAUGUGAAGCUGCAUAUAAGCAUGUGCCUUGGAUGUGAGACAAAAUGCCUCUAGUUGUCAUUAAAUGGUAAGAUUUUUGCUUUGGUUUUCCUGCGACCAUUUCUAGUAUGCCUGAGAGCAGUGUGGAAAAGCUACAGUUGUCUGCCAUUCUGCAUUUAUAUUACUCAAACAUUACUUUACCUAGAUGGUCUUUGCUGGUUCUUUAUACAUUUUUCCCAACUGUUUUUUUUUUCUAAACUUUGAUUGAUUGUAAUUUAUUGAAGCAAAUCAAAUAUGCUGGUAUUUGCUAGUUUUGUAGAAUCAGUGAUAUGAAAAUCGAAUCUGCUUAAUUAAGAGGUUUGCAGCUGUACAAUGAACAUUUUCUGUGUACUGCUCUGUGGAUAAAGUCUGUGGCUGUGAGAUAUUAGUGGAGAAUCGAGGACUUGUGGCAGUGAAUGAUUAAUUUCUACCUUGACUGAAAGAGAAGUAGAUUGAUCUGUUUUAAUUGUGUUGCUUUUGUGAGGGUUUCACACAGAUUUUUUUUCUCCAUACCUUUUUGAGAUAUCAAGCGGCUUUGGUAAUUCAAAUGAGAUCAACUCUGUGUUUUAGCCAUAUUGGUUUUCCAUUGUAACUAAUGUAAAACCUACAACACUUGCUCAGUAGAUUAGACAAUGAAUCACUGAACCGGGUCAGGCGUCUGAAGAGCAAAGUUGCCCAGCAGUAGUAGUGCUGGCUGCUGUGCGUCUCAACUUGUCAUCAAGUAUUGAUCACAAAAUUUAUCCUAUUUUCUUUUUUUCUAUCAAACACUGUAUUGGACAGAGUAGGGAACAGAAAUGUGAAGGAAAAGCUACUGAAGUCAGUAUUUGUUGUUUUUAAUAAAGAGUUGUGCUCGUUACUGCUUUGAAACUUUGGAGCACAGAACUAAAAUGCUGCCAAUUGCACAAUUUUAUGUAAAAUUGUGUGACUUUUUUGGUGGCUGAUGAAAAAUAGACACUGGCAUCUGGUACCUACAUUUUCUUCCUUCCUUUCUGCAUCAAUUGCGUCGAAUCUUGAUUGUAACUGUGAUAAAAAGAAGGUCAAUUUUUUGAAAACUGAUAAUGAAUGCUAUCAUAAAAUUUCAUUAAUCAUCAUGUUAUGAGACUAGUGGUCUCAUGAUCAUCAUGUCAUAUUACAUUAGUCAAACUAUGUAUGCGAUGCCUUAUAUCAUCGUAGUGCUGUUCCCCGUUGGCACCUUUUACUUACUUUGAUCUGACCUAGCAGACUCCCAAAAAAUGUUGUUGAGUUAUUGUGCUUUUUCUCUUGUCAAGUACAUAUUAUCUUCUUUGUUUAUUGUCCAAUUAAAGUUGUCACUGAAACUAAAUUGCAGCCAUAGAAAUGAAUGAACAAAGAAGACCAGUGGCUGUUUUUCUGUGUCCACAACGACUGCUUUGUUAAGAGGAUUUUAUUUGUGAACAAUGUACUACAUAGGUAGCCUUAACAAUUAUUUCUAAGUUAUUUAUAUUUAAAACUUUCCUACUGUAUUUAUCGUAUCUGUUCGUGGUAAGUGUCCAUUGUCUCAUGGUGAGAUAAUAAGUAACUUAUUAAAUAAAGAUUUUUUUUUAUUUUUA